CGGGGCGGAGCGAGCCACCGCCUGCCGUCCGUCCCUCCCUCCCUCCUUCCCUGCCCGCCGCUCCCCCCGCUGUCGCCGCCGCCGCCGCCUCUCCUUCCCGGCCUCCCUGAUGCCGAGGAAUGGAUAGAGCGGCUGCCCUGCGAGCCGCCGGCAUGCUUGAGAGGAAGGAGCGGGGCGGCGAGGCGGCGGGGCCGGCCGUGCGGGGAUUGCCGGCCGUGCGGAGCACGCUGCAGCAAUGCGGGCUGCUCCAGGACCUCAUCGACAUCUCGCUGUCCAACCUGCGCGGGCUCCGCACCAAGUGCGCCGCGUCCAACGACCUCACCCAGCAGGAGAUCCGCACCCUGGAGGUGAAACUGAUCGACUACAUCCACCGACAACGGCAGUGCAAGCUGAGUGUGCCCCUGAAUGACAGGACAGCAGAGCUCAACAGCUACCCGAGAUUCAAUGACUGGUUAGACAUUGUCAAUGUGAGGAAAGAAGUUGUACAGAGAAUACCAGAGGAGCUAACCUUAGAUGCCUUACUCGAAAUGAAUGAGUCAAAGGUGAAAGAAACAAUGAAGAGAUGUGGUGCCAGAGAUGAGGAGUGCUCCAGACUCAAUGGGGCACUGAGCUGCUUAAGGAAGGUGACUGAAUCAGGUGGGGAGUUAAAAGAUGACGUGCUGAUAAAUCUUUCUGAAGCACGCCGAGAGAACAGCUCUACAAACACGACUGAGUCCCCCUGCUCCUCUGCACCCGCAUGGACUCACACUGCACUGAACCUUCCCAAGGGCAAUAGCCAGCAGGCGCGGUCGGUGUCGGUAUCUACAAUCCCAUCUUCAGAUUCUCCUGCCUCAAGUCACGGACCUUCUAUCUAUGCAGAUAACCUCCUGGACCCUUUUGCCUUCCCUGCACACAGUGGAAGGUUAACACCAAGGACUCCUCAUAGCAUCACCAUCACUCCCCCGACCACUCCUCAAGCCAAGAGACGGCACAAGUUGAAGCCACCACGGACUCCUCCUCCCCCUUGCCGGAAAGUUUUUCAGCUGCUACCUAAUUUUCCAACCCUCACAAGGAGCAAGUCCCAUGAAUCACAGUUGGGAAACAGGAUAGAUGAUGUUCCUCCAAUAAAGUUCGAACUCUCCCAAGGAUCUCCUCAAAUGGUACGAAGAGAUUUUGGCUUAGCUGUAACACACAGGUUCUCUACAAAGUCUUGGUUAUCUCAGAUUUGCCAAGUCUGCCAGAAAAGUAUGAUGUUUGGGGUGAAGUGUAAGUACUGCAGAUUAAAAUGUCACAACAAGUGUACUAAAGAGGCACCUGCUUGUAGAAUACCAUUCCUUCCCACUCCAACCUGUUUUUCAGCUACCAAAAUAAGGAGAACAGAGUCUGUCCCUUCUGAUAUCAACAAUCCAGUAGACAGACCAACAGAACCACAGUUUGGAACUCUUCCCAAAGCACUCACUAAAAAGGAGCACCCACCAGCAAUAAAUCAUCUGGACUCCAGCAGUAAUCCCUCGUCUACAACCUCUUCCACGCCAUCUUCUCCAGCACCUUUCCAGUCUUCCAACCCUCCCAGUGCGACGCCUCCCCCAAACCUGUCUCCUAUGGGCCAGAGGGAUGGACGAUUUAACUUCCCAGCUGCCUACUAUAUUCAGCAUAGACAACAAUUUAUCUUCCCAGAAAUUCCCACUCCUGCACAAAUAGCACAGCCUCCGGAAACGGCUGCAGACACUAAUGCUAAUGAACAGCCACAUACAGAUGGAGUUAAACAUGAAGCAGAGGUGGAAGAACCCGAGAGUAAUAAAUCAGAACCCGAAGACGACGAGGACGAAGUGGAAGAUUUGCCACACCGGCGGCCGCACUUGCAAGGGAUGAUUUAUCGCAAACCCAGCCAGACCAGCGUCUACCUGCAGGAAUGGGACAUUCCCUUUGAACAGAUCGAACUAGGGGAUCCCAUUGGCCAAGGCCGAUGGGGGAAGGUUCACAAGGGAAAAUGGCAUGGAGAAGUGGCCAUCAGGCUGCUGGAGAUAGAUGGGAACAAUCAGGAUCAUCUCAAGCUCUUCAAAAAGGAGGUGAUGAAUUACAGACAGACCCGGCAUGAGAACGUGGUGCUUUUCAUGGGAGCAUGCAUGAACCCUCCUCAUUUAGCAAUCAUUACCAGCUUCUGCAAAGGAAGGACACUUUAUUCGUUUGUAAGGGACCCCAAGAUAUCCUUGGAUAUUAACAAAACCAGGCAGAUAGCACAGGAGAUCAUUAAGGGCAUGGGAUAUCUUCAUGCAAAGGGGAUUGUACACAAGGAUCUGAAAUCCAAGAAUGUUUUUUAUGACAAUGGGAAAGUAGUGAUCACUGACUUUGGACUGUUUGGAAUUUCGGGUGUUGUUCAGGAAGGAAGGAGGGAGAAUGAAUUGAAGCUGCCUCAUGACUGGUUAUGCUACCUGGCCCCUGAAAUUGUUCGUGAGAUGGCCCCUGGGAAAGAUGAAGACAAGCUGCCUUUCUCCAAAGCUGCAGAUAUCUAUGCCUUUGGGACUGUGUGGUAUGAGCUCCAAGCAAGAGAAUGGCCCUUCAAGAACCAGCCUGCCGAGGCACUCAUCUGGCAGAUUGGAAGUGGUGAAGGAGUGAAACAAGUCCUUGCAACUGUUAGUUUGGGGAAAGAAGUCAAUGUAGGAAAUUCUCUCAGCAUGCUGGUCCUUUGAUCUCAGUGAGAGACCUAGCUUCACUGUCCUCAUGGAUAUGCUUGAAAAGCUGCCAAAACUGAAUCGUCGGCUCUCCCACCCAGGGCAUUUCUGGAAGUCUGCUGAGUGAGUACCUGUGGUUGUAGAUGCUGCUCAGAAUUUGCUAACUGACCAUUCCUGUGCUUUGGUUUGCCUUCCUGGGGCCUGUCAUACCUUCAGUAGCAGAGUAGCAAUUGUUCUGCUUUUCUAGUUACUAGGAAAUUACACAAUUAAACAUGCAUGCACUUCAGACAGUUAAUUUCCUACUUCAACGUAUUCAUUUCCCUCCUUCUGUAGAUCAUUUAUCCAGUGUCAUGUUUGGUUUCAGAGAGUAUCUACCAGCGUUACUGGAAAGUGCCCACACUGCCCUGAAAAUGAUUAGAGUUUCCCUUUUAAUGGCUGGUACUGAAUGAGAAAGGGAACCACCAAAGAACAUGCCACCAUUUCCCUUUUAAAUUAAACCAUCAAUUCAUGGAAGAGUCCUAACGUAGUAACAUUCCUCAAGGAGCAUGUAGGGAAAAAAUGCAAAGCCCUCCUCCUCUGUAUGGAAGAGUGCCCGGUUUGCACAGACACGUAAAGGAAUGGAGCACGUUACUCAAUAUAGCUGACCUCUGAAGGAAAAAAAAACAAACAAAAACCCACUAAAAUCUUAGAAUCUCUAAAUUGCUUGGCAAAAGCAGUAAAUUGACAGCUAGGAACAAGUUUUUAUGUUUGGACUGAAUAAGUUGGAGUCAUGUCAAGAUUUUGAUCAAGGAAAGAUGAGAGAUAACACACAAAUCCUAGCCAGGUCAUGCUCCUUUCAAAUUUAGGAUCUAUGUUGGAGCCGGGGAAGAAAAGUGUCACAAGAUCAAGCAUCUGUAAACUGCCAAAACUGGGAGAGACCCCUCAGAAAUACCUGACUGAACAUCCUGUGACAUCUGUUAGGAUAGAUGAGACCAGAAUUUAGAACUAAAUCCAGGUCAGAAUAGAUUUGCAUAAAGAUAUAGGGCCUAAAACUUUUAGUCUCCUAUGUCACAAAUAACCUGUCGCUCAGACAAAAAGGGAGCCCAGUCUCCCUUUCCUCAAAGUCAGAGAUCAGACACUUGUGAACUGUGCCCAUCACCACAUGCUUCCUUCGGUGUAUGUUUUCUUUGACUGAGCCUCUAAUAUUUUCUUAUUUCUUUCCUUUUUUGAUGUUUAAUCUACCCCUUUCCUUACCAUAACCCUUCAUGAUCUUCCUGUAAUACUUUAUCCCUAAGCAAAUGCUUCUGUUAACUUGUAUGGUGCCUGUCAUGGCAUUUUGUGCCUUGGUGUGUCUGCUUUAUUCGGGGGUUUGGUUGCAGAUUUCAGCCUUUGUCUCUUGUUACAAUGUCUAACAACAUUAAAAGGUGGCCUCAUCUUUACACAAAAGAGAACUAUUACCAGCAAUAGUUGAAUGCUUACUGUCCUCUCAUUGAUAAGUAGAACUGUCUGCUGGUUCUUUUCCGUAUGUUAGACAGGUAUAAAUUCAUAUCAGUACUCAUUUUAAAAAGAUACAAUGAAAAACAGGGAGAUCUUUAGAUUUGGCAGCUCUUUGCAUCAUCAGUUUCUGCAGUGCACUGGGGUGUGACAAGGUGUCGAGUGCGCCCCGACCGCUCACUGCUCCAGCAGAUCUGUUACAGCUGCAGUCUGGGGAUUUCAGUUGUCUUGAUUUUUUUUUUUUUCUUCCCUAAAUAAACAUGUAAAGAGAAAUCAGCAGAACCUGAGCUAAAGAUAUAUCUGUCCACCAUUCAUAAAUUAAGAGAAACAGCCCUUUUUCCUCUUCAGGCCUAAAGCACUGUAUAUUUAAAUCUGUCUUUUCUGCACAUUGGGAGUUAGAGAGCAAGCGAUGCUGUGCUUAGAGCAGUGAGAAGGAUGCCAGUACCAAGGGCAGGUACAGAAUCUGGUACAGUGUGAUAAGGUGCAGUAUGAUGAUCAGCUAGGUUCUUAUUCUUGGCUUUGAAAGAUAACUUAGCCCCAAAUUAUUAUUUUCAAACGAAUCAUCUUUUGUCUCAGAGGAGGAUCACGGAGUUCAAAUUGUUUGGACAACAGUUCUUUAGUCGGGAGAUUUAUACGAUAUGGCAGCGUCCUUUGUUAAACUGUUCUUCCUUUCCUACAGAAGCCCUUUUCUGUAGAGCCCUCCAACACGAUGGCUCUGUGUCGACACUUCCAUGCCCUCAUUUCUCCAUGCUAUCAGAUCCACUUGUGUUGGAUCACUGACUCUCACAGCCAGUUCAGUUUCUUUUCAUCCACCUAGUCAGAUGCUGCAGAGACCAUCAGAGAGUCUUGCAUUGUCCCCUAACAUCACAGUGGAAAUGGGUUGAAGUAACACUUCCCAUUUGGGCAGUCAGUUCACAAGGGUGCUCAUUUCCAGAGUAAUUUGCCAAGCGAUUAUUUUGGGUUAGUGUUUCCAUAGGGAGUUCUUCUUGAACAACUUGUGGAACCGUGCCUUAUGUAGCAGCUAUCCAAAUCAUUUUUUCCCUGGGUAGACAGAUCCUCCCCUCCUACUGCAAGUGGUUCAUGUAUGUGCAUACAUUAUUACUUUUUCUCUGCUCAAAGCACGCAAUGGAGAAGUACAUUAAUUGUCAACAUUGAGAGCUGAAUCAGUGCUCACUGAAAUGAAAGUGCAGGCAGCUCAGUUGGCUUUUAUCGCCUGCAAACUACAUUACAUUCAGGUCGCACUUGGAAGGCUCUCUAUAGCAGUGUCAACCAGCAGCCAGAUGCAAAACCCCCUGAAGGCGCAGUCACAUCCCCUCUGACAACUCCUUAGAGAAACACUGCACUAACCCCUUGCUUUACUCCAGUGUAAGCUUUAUAGUAGGUGGUUUUCAAGAGCUCGCUUUAAAUAACUGAAAACUAACUCUCAUGGUGUCUUUUUCCCUUCCCUCCCCUAUUUCUUUGUAGGUUGUAGCUACUGGUGCAAUAAUGGGUUCCACCUUGCAUGCUUCCAUGUGUUGUAUCCUAACCAGCAACUUGGACAAUCACCUUCCAUUCAAAAAAAUGAAAACAAACCACGAAAUUAACCCACGGACAUAAUCAACAUUUUAUCCGAAUUCUCCUUUUCUGCCUUUUUCUGCUUGGUGUGGGCUGUUAGCUUGAAUAACAACUCCUGCCUCCAAGAAGUUACUGUCUAAACACAGCACCUCUCACUUCUGAGUCAUGUCAGCAGGCUGCAGCUUCCUCCUGGCAGGGACCUGGUGCUCUGCCCUGACCAGCCGGGUCUGGGCAGCAGUGGCUUGGGGUUCAGCUGACACUGGCAUUUGUGGCCGGCAGGUCUCAGACGUCUCAGAAGGGGGAAGUUUCCUAGCUGCUGUCUGAGGGGUGGCUGUCAUCCUUAGUGCUGAGUGGUGGCUUUUGACUCAAGAUAACAAGUACAUCUUCCACAGGCACAGCCAACAACUGACCACUUCACUUGCACUGCAACCAACAGGACUUAAGGGGCAGAUUGGGCCGGUUCUCCUGUAGGGCCAGAUCCAGCACUGCACUGAACCAAGGGUCAGCUUUGUCAGGGGUGCACGCAACAGGUGCAGUUCCUGCACAGAAAGGAGGACAGUCCUCGCUGUGCUCAGGGCAGAUUGCAGUCCCUUAGCCUACCUGGGAGUACACCACCACCAGUUGCAUCCAAAACUGGGAUCAGCUACAGCACUGUGCAGAAGAGGAGGAAAGCAAGGAAGCCAUUCAGUUCCUCAUCCUCCCUCCCUUGCAAAUCCAGAGUUUUGAGUUCUGUGAUUUGCUUUUGUUUACAUCCCUGGUUCAGCAAAAUGCCUGACUUAGCAGUAGGAACUUUGCAGAACCGUAGGCAGCACUGCAAACGUGUGCCUUUUUGUAAAAGGUCUUCUUUCAUUUCUCACUGAUCCACCAUUUUGAAAACAAAUUGCUUCAUGGGGAGAGGAUGAGGACAGAGGCGGGUAUGCAACAGGAACCAGGGAGGUUUUUUCGUGUUCAGUGAGGACAAACGCACCUACAUGUCAUUCUCUCAGAAAGUCAGAUGCCUGCACACUGCACUGGAGUGAUUCUGCUGGAAGCCCUCACGUGCUCACGCUCCCUGCCUUGCUGCCACACAGCACGUAUGGGCAGGAAGGCAUUGUGAAGUGAAAACAUUUUUAGCUGUGCUUACAGUUAAAGGGGGAAGGAAAAGACAUCUUCAUUCGCUUGCUAUAGGCCAUAAAGAGGAGCAAAUAUGUUUCUUUGAAGCAAUUGAUGUACCUUGACAAAACGUCCCUUCCCCUUAAAAAGGGAUUUUUUCCUCCACUUCUAUUUCAAGGAAAGGAAACGUCUGCCAGUCUUCUACCCACCCUAGGUUAGGUCCUUAUAAAAGCCUCCUGUUCUGCCAAUUUCAGCCAUGUGCUUUCACUAAUGAGGUUAGCAUGAAUAAAUUCAAAUGUUUGCUGCUUAAUUUUCUAAAACACUGCUGGAUGACCUCCAGCUGCAUGAGACCAGAAUCCAGCCCAUUUUAUUUUCUUUUAUAUGACUGUAGCAUUGUAGGGGAGAAAAAAAAAACAGCAAAAAACCAACAGUGAAUAAAUAACUCUUUCCCCCUCCCUUGUCCUUUCCCUCCUGCCUCUUUUCAGCAUUAACAGUAGCAAAGUUGUCCUGCGUUUUGAGAGAUUUGGCUUGGGAAUCCUGGAACCAAGUAAUCAAAAGAUAUAGCAUGGUGUGUAGUUGUCUUGUGAUAAUGUUGUCUACCUACUUACACACAAAGCAUCAGAAAUCUUCACUGAAUCUUCCAAGCUAUGAAACUGGUGCAGCCACAGCUGAAAGCCACACGACCAUCAAUUCAGAGUCCUUUGUUGUUGGGAAAGUGGGAAUUCUGCCUGAGCACCAGCAGUUAUUUAAAGAAUGUUUACAUGAUACUUCUGUGUGAACUAUAUUUUUUUUAAAGCAUAAUAAACAGUGAAUCAGUUUAACUACAGCCAUCCAACUAGCACAAAAAGAAACCAACCUUUUUCUAGUUCCUUCUUGUGUCUGUGGUCUAAAUAGGAACGAUCUUCUGCGUUCGGUGCAUUUUUCCCUAAGACAAGUGGAACCGUUUUGUUUCAGAAUGCUUAUGUAUCUCACACAAGGAGACGGAGUUUUAAAUUAUGUUUUUCUCUCAUUAAGGUAAAAUUUAUCGCAUCGUGAUUUAUCCAAACUGCUAAUUCGGUUUGUGAUUACUCUGGUUUGUUUCCACGGGGUUGGUCCAAGCUCUGGGUGACCUUGCAUUAAGUUAAAGUAGUAAAAAUCUACUACUUACAGGAGAGUUUGCUGUCAAGCGUAUUGCCAUCUCACUUGAAACAGAGAACCAAGCACUCUUCAACACAGAACUCACCAGAAAAGCUCAACUGCCGUGCCACAGAAUCUCAGGCUGGUUGAGGUGGGAGCGGACCCCUGUGUCCAUCCGCUCCCAGCCCCGCGCAGGCAGGGCCACCCCAAGCGGCCUGCCCAGGACCCGCUGUGCAGGCUGCCCCGGAGCAGGCUCCCAGGCACCAGGCUCCUCCUCGGAAGCUCCAGGCACAGCCUGUUCCAGUCCCUUGAACCAGCAGCACUGCCUGGCCAGGCUCUUGCUGCCCCGCUUGCCAUCUCCUUUGCAGAAGAACAGGUAUUUCACUAGUUAGAGCUCCAGGGAGAGAAGGAAAACAAGGGAAAAAGCCAUUCCUAAACGUGUUACACGCUGUUCUGAUACACAGAGCUUGUUAAAAGAUUCAAAGUCAUUUCUCUCCCCUACGUGCACAUGUGCUCCUCUAGGCAGUCACAUAAGCCUGCAAGAAUUUAAGAAAUUUAGGACUAAGCAGUAGUUUUGAGGAAAGCUAAGAACAGCAAAAACCUCGCAGUGAGGAAAAUUCUGUUUCGUUCCAGAGAACCCGACUCAGUCCAACAGCUCAGACUUGUUUCAAAGUGUAAUUUUAAGACCAAGAAAAGACCCAAGCCCCCAAAAUCAAAAGGAAACCACGUGCUACAAUGUGUGAUAGGCAGACUGAUAAAGGACACAGCUGAAUACUGCAUUCGAGGUGACAGAUGCGUUAUCUCACUUGCAAAUGAAUUGCAAGCUGCAUUACGUGUUGUCUCAUGCCCCCCAUGGGGGAGGGGAGGGGGGGGAAAAAGAGUUCUGUUCUGUUGAGGAGAGCACUUCACUCCUACUUUUCCUCCACUGUGCUAUGGUGCUUUUAAAAUGCGUCUCAAAUAUAAAACAAAAUUGGCUUGGUGGCAGCCAGGCGUGGUGACAUGGUUCUCCUGGCCUCCCUCACCACCUCAGUGAAGCAGUCGAGCCCCCCACACACUGCGCGUUCAGCUGCCGCCACCGCCUGCUCCUCGCCCAGCCUCGCUGCUGUUUGCUCUCUCACAAUAACAUUGUCAGAAACAGAGGUUGUUUUCCAACAGUACUGCUCAAGCAUCAACAGCACAAUACAAGCCUAAAGCAAAGAGAAAUGUGCUUCAAAGCCACGUUAACAUUAUGAACCUGUGGGCUGCAGCGUACCUUGCCUUAGGGGAGAGCAGAAGCUGCCGCUGGACGCAGACAUUGCUUCACAGCCAUUGGGUCUGAGCAGCCCUUCUGCUAACCCACAGCAUGCUUGCUGCUAUUCCUGCAACUGUGUGUAUAACAGGUCUCACCUGGGACACCCAGAGCUUUCAGUGUGGGAAAGAAACGCAGUGAUGGCUCACUUGGCCAUCAGCAGCAGUGCUGCUGUGGCAGCGUGCAAGAACAAUGCUGAGAAAGCGUGGCCUUCUCAGUCUUUCCCUCCAGGAUGGCUGGCUGGACAGACAGCCUGUGCGGGGUGACUAGCUAGCUUAAAAUAAAAUUAAAAGCCAAAGAACUUUGUUCUCCCUAUUUAACUGCCCUCACGUGAGGGUUAAACCCUGGCUGUGAAGGCUGCUUCCUGGCAGAACGCUGUGCUGGCCCUGCUUCCAGCAGGCAGCUCGUCCCUUUGUGCCGCACUCUGCAGUGUGCUGCAAGCAGAUGGGGCUGACCCAUGAGCACUGCGGGGUGAUGGAAUACCAUCCUGCUGCAGGAAGGGUUUUAAAGCUUGCCUUUAAACCAUGAAAUCUGAGAUUCAAAUUCAGCCUUCCUUGGUUUUGUGAUGAACUCCCAUAAAUGGCUCUUAAAAGCAAAACCCAGUGUUUCCGAGAGGGCCGAUUACCGUCUGUGGGUAAUAUUUGUGGCAGUGAGCUGUGCGAGGCACAUGGAAGUCACACAGAACCUGUGGAGCUGGUGGGCUCCUGCCCACGUCACAGCUGGGCAGCAGGCGUUGGCUCGCGCUGCUUAUGGCCACGUGUGCUGUCUCCUGGUGUGCGGGUGUGCGGCGUGAAGCGCAGUAAGCCUGCCCUGUUGUAGAGGUGUAAAUGUGAAGCUGGCUGUACAAUGCUGCUACAAUAGCCACACGUCAAUAGUGAAUGUAAAUGGAGUCUGUAAUAUGGUGAAAAUGACACGUUUUUCUUUUCAAAUGUGAUGUAAACUUUGUACAGUAAAAUUUUUUUUUAAGUAUUUUCUAUCAGAGUGUCUUCCAGAAUUGCUAUUAAAUUAAUUAAAAAUUGUUAGUAUUAACAACGGUUUCUGUAUUAGUUUAUGCAACCAGCAAGAAAAAAAAAAGUGCACAUUAUGCUCAUGAAAUUCUGGAUACGUAGGAAUCUUUUCGGCAAAUAAAACUUUGCUCUGGAUAA